GGACCCAGACCCUGCCUUCCGACGCGACAGGGAGCCGCUCAGGCGGACUCAUCCUCAGAGAGGGACACGGACCUGCAGGACCCAGCAUGGCACGGCUCUCCCUUCUGCUGCUGAGCUACGCUCUGGCGGUACAGGCACUCAUCAGAGUUCCCCUGCACCGCAUCUCCACGAUAAGGGCUGAGCUGCGGUCUGCCCGUCGCCUGGAGGCCUUCAUGAAGGACCAUCAGCCUGAUAUCUUCUCCAGGAGGUUCUCCCAGUGCUUCCCCCCCACAAGCCUGCGCACGCUGAAGCUGGGCUGGACCAGUGAGAAGCUUUACAAUUACAUGGAUGCCCAGUACUACGGCGAGAUCAGCCUGGGGACUCCUGGACAGAACUUCACAGUGAUUUUCGACACCGGCUCGGCUGACCUGUGGGUGCCGUCAUCCUACUGUGUCAGUGAGGCAUGUGGCAAGCACAACAAGUUCAAGGCCUUUGAGUCGAGCAGCUACGUUCACGACUGCCGGGUCUUUACCAUCCAGUAUGGGUCUGGUCACCUGAUGGGUGUGAUGGCCAGGGAACUGCUCAGGGUGGGUGAAAUGUCAGUGGACAAUCAGCAGUUUGGGGAGUCGGUGUACGAGCCGGGUAUGACCUUCCUCAUGGGCAAGUUCGAUGGAAUCCUUGGUCUGGCCUACCCCUCCCUGGCACAGGAGGUGGGGACGCCUGUGUUUGACAACCUCAUGGUUCAGAAGAAAGUGACACAGCCCAUCUUCUCCGUCUACCUCAGCAGGAAGAAGAGCUCUUCAGAUCCAGAAGGGGAGCUGUUACUGGGAGGGGUAGAUGAAGCUCUUUAUAUUGGACCAAUUCACUGGGUUCCUGUCACUCAGAGGAAUUACUGGCAGAUCAAAAUUGAUAAUGUGAAGGUGCAGGGUGUGCAGACCCUGUGCACCAACAGCUGUCAGGCCAUUGUGGACACCGGGACGUCCCUCAUUGGUGGGCCCACCAUUGACAUCAUGUUCCUGCACCAGCUUAUCGGGGCCACACCCACCUCCAUCGGCGAGUUCUUGGUGGACUGUGCCAGACUUUCCAGCCUCCCUCUGAUCACCUUUACACUGAAUGGUGUGGACUAUCCCAUGCCUCCAGAAUCCUACAUUAGAAAGGAGAUACUGAGCAGCAUGGAGGUCUGCUUCAGUGGCUUCCAGGCCGUGGACGUCUCCACCUCCCAGGGGUCCCUCUGGAUCUUGGGGGAUGUCUUCAUCUCGGAGUUCUACAGCAUCUUUGAUCGUGGCCAGGACCGGGUUGGCUUCGCUCGGGCCCGUCAGGAGGGGGAAUGGGGGCCGUAGGCUAGAGUUAGCUUCCUGGCAUGCACUACAAGUCUAGUAAAAAACGUAGGGAACCAAAACAAGAAACGAAGAAGCUCCCUUCUGCUAGACAGGUAAUUAAACAGAUUUUGGGUGAUCAGACAAUACUUUCAGAACUGAGCUCUUAUUUCUACACAAAUGAUGUCAACAUAUAUAAGCAAUGCUGUCAAGAACAUUGCAGAUCUCUGCUAAUGAAAUGUAUCGUUCUUUAAUUGAUUAUACAGUUAACCGUAAAACUGAACUGUAGCCACUUUGAGAUGUUAAGUAUACAUUUUCUGUAAUUAAAUUUUAAUGUUAGCUUGAGAUUAUCAUGCUGCAGGUGUCAUUAAAUUUCUGUAACAUUUC